AAGUGGCAACACUAUGUCAUCGUUGUCGAUAUACAUUUAUAUAUAUAGAUAUUUCGAGCGGGCUACGCAGAGCUGCGACAAAGCGGAUGUAAGGCGGAACAGCAAAAGAAGUCGCGUUUGGAAUUUUUUCGAUAAAGAAAGUGAAACUGUAGCAAAGUAUUGUCUCUGUCAAAAGAACUUUUCAAGAAAAGGUCGAGGUACAACCUGUCUGCGCAACCAUUUAAAAAGCAAGCAUCCUGCUGAAUUUCAAACGUUGAACAAAACAGACUUGACUUACAAAGCGAAAACGGAAAUGAGUGGCAGCAAGUCAUCUCGCUCGCACUUGGGGUUACAGAAUGCAGAUCCAUUGGGAGGCUUCAAUGCAUUUGAUAAGUCGUUGGUACAAAUGCUAAUAAAAGAUCUGUCUUUUAAUAUGAUUGAAGGUGUUGGUUUUUCGGAUUUAAUGAAAGUAUUACGUCCACGCUAUGCAUUGAGACCCAUUAACUAUUAUGUGAAUAUAAUCUGUCAAGAUGUCUAUCAGCGUAUGCACUCGCACCUGAUGCAGCAGCUUUCUACGUUGGAUUCGCUCACACUCGUCACAAGUCUGUACAGUGACAGCGGACAAGGAUUACUAACCUUGAGCGGCUAUGGCAUUUCCAGUGACUUCCAGGCGCGGCUAUUUCGUUUGAAAUGCGAGCCAAUGGAUGAGGAAUUCAUGACAGACGUUUCCAGUAAUGUUUGCAAAAUUAUUGACAACACUGUUACAGAACUUCAGCUGCCCAAAGAUAAGAUAAAUUUCAUCAUAAAGAAUGAAGGAACUUGCGUCCCAGAUUCCCGAAUCGUAUGCAGCACUUCCCUAUUGAAGAUGUGCGUUAAAAGUACACUCGAUGCUAAUGAGCAACUCCAGCAAUUGGAUGCGAAAUGUAUGCAAAUAGUUAAAUACUUUCAGCAAUCCACAAUUGCUUACAAUCACUUAAAAUGCAUUCAUGAAGACCGUUUAAAUCGGGCUGAGAUUCCUCCGAUCUUCGAUGAUGAAGAGCUUUCCCCGAAAUGGAACUCGAUAUUUUUAUUAAAAGCCAGUUUACUGCAAGUCAAAGAUGCCCUCACUAUUUAUGCCGAGGAAAACAAUAAUGACAUGAUUAAGAUUUAUCCAGAUGAAUGGGAGAAUAUUGAGUUAUGCAAUCGAGUGAUACAGCCCAUAGAGGAAGUCAUAGAAAUUUGGAGUAAAUCGACGGCAUCUUCGGUUAUACCAUUAGUCGCCGCUGUGAAGGAUUCCCUUCGGAACGAUAUCCACAAUUACGCUUCAUCAAUGACUAUUUGCUCUUUUGCCGGCAAAUUGUUGGAGGAACUCGAGAACAAAUGCAUCCCGUUGACCCGGGACAUCAAAUAUCUAAUGGCCACGUAUUUGGAUCCACGCUAUAAGCAAGCAUUCUUUAACCAAGAAGAGGUACAGCUUGUGACCGAUGAAAUGCUAACGCAACUGAGCCGCAUUCAGAAUCAAGGUCGGCAGCAUCCAGCAAAGAGUAAUGUAAAUUCAUCUAAUGUCAAUGCGGAUGUAAAAACCGAUUCGAAGAUUAAUUCAUUUCUCGACAAUAUGCUUGCAUUGGGCAACAAUAACCUGGAGGCGCAAUAUCAGUUCAAAAACCUAUUAUUUUUGUACAACUCGGAGGCAAGAUUAGAUCGUCAGAGUGAUCCAAUUAUCUGGUGGCAAUCCAAUCCGAAAUACGCUCUUCUAUUUCCCAUAGUUCGCAAGUAUAUCACCAUUCCAGCUGCAUGUGACUACAGCGAACAGUUGUUCAGUGAAUCCACUAAUUUUUUAAGUGACUGGUUAUCUUGGGAUAUGGAUCUGAGCUACGAGAAUGUCUGUAAGAUCUUAUUUACUAAAGCAAAUUUUGGAAUUCUGGAUAACGAAUAAGUUAGGGUAUUAGGUAUUAGUUCAAGAAUGAAUAUUUUAUCCAGCUCAAAUAUUAUUUGUUAAAACUUUAAAUCACACAGAAUUAUAUUCUUAUUGAAAUAUUGAAUAUUUUAAA